CUACCUUUAAAGUGAAUACAUUAUCUUCAGUAUCAUAUUGCAACAGUUGAAUGGGGCAAGCAAAACGUUUAAGUGAACUACAUACAAUAACCAGUUUAUUUUAGGCAAAGUUGUCAGGAUUAUAAGUGAGAGCGGAAAUAGUCUCGACAACAUGUCAAACAUGGGGAAGAAAAUUGCUUUAAUUAUUGUGAAUCGAGAUUUUGCUCAAAAAGAUGACCUUAGAAACGGUGCAAUCAAGGACUACAAUAGAAUGUGUGUGAUGUUCGGGGAACUUGGGUUUUCGAUAAAAUCGAGACUCAAUCGGACUGCUGCUCAGAUUCGAGACGAUGUUAAAAAAGCAUGUUCCAUACCGUGCGACCGUUUCGUGUUCGUGAUCAGUACACAUGGCGAGGAAAUGGAUUUGCCUAAGGAGAGUGCUGACUCAGUCAACGUGUUCGAACAGACACUUCUAGGAACGGAUGGUCAGUCUGUUCCCGUCAGUGAACUCAUUACGUGUUUGGAUAAUGAUGUUCUGAAAGGAACGCCAAAGCUUUGCUUUAUACAGGCAUGCAGGUCCAGCAACAAACUUCCAGAUAAAGUGUAUGACACAGGUGUUCCAGUGACGACUGCCUACACAAAAAUGAAGCAAGAAAGCACAAAUGACAACAAAGAUGGCGGCAACACUUCCAAAGACUCGUCUUCACUUCCAUCGAUCAUAAACAAGUGGUAUGACGAUGACGUCCUGACUUUGCUGAAGUCAGAACUUGUUAUUGAGAGUGAGGAAAAUGAUGCGGAUGACGGAACAGAAGACGAGGAAAUUCUACAGUUUUGGGAUAAUGAAACAAUCCUUGAUUUAGAUGACAAGCAACAGAAAAGGGGAGAUGAGACAGAUACAAAGGGUGAUCCUGAUAAAAAUCCAGCUUCUCCUGUGCCAAAGAAACCCCUUCCGAAGCUUGAUGUGGCGCCAGUUUAUUGUCCCAGAGAUUGCCUUAUUAUGUAUCCAGUGCAACCGCAUAAAAUCGCUAUGCGAAGCACAGAACAUGGAUCUUGGAUGUUUAAUUAUUUGUUUACGGAAAGGAGCAAGCUCAAAAGUAGCAAGGGAAAUAUUUUGCCGUUUUUAACAUCAGUGAUGACAAAAAUGUCAGAAUACGACGCUAAAAUUGACGACAAAUGCGAUUUGAAAAUGUGUGGAACAAUUUACCACAGACUCACAACUAAAGUUCUUCUAAAACCCCCCGGAGUAUUUACUAGACAAUUCAGAGCGUGGUUGGCCAGAGCAAAAAUACUCUUCAGUAUUGAAGGCAUUUUGUAAUGGCUUUAGUUAUUAACUUCUUUGUUUUGGACUGCGUAGCAUAAUCUAAAUUGCUGCUUGUCUUUUAAAAUGAAUUCAUUGUUAAGUGCGGGUAUUAAAGGGGCCGUCUAACAGAUUUUGGCAUGUAUUAAAGCUUGUCAUUAACUGCUUUAAAUGCUUUAUAUUGAUACACUAAAACAUUUGAACUAAAAAUCUCCAGUAAAAAAUAAAAAUACAAUUUAUAAAAAAAAGAAGAAAAAACGUUAACCUCCACAGGGCUCGAACCACUGACCCCUAGAAUCAUGGAAGCUUGGAGUAAAAUGUCUCCCGACUUUACCACUCGACCAUCCACGCUCACGUCAAAUGCGGAGGUAUUUUUUGCUAUAUAAGCAAUCCUCGUAGUUUCCCAAAAUAUGGAUUCGCGUCGAACGACGCUUUAAUCUGUUGGACAGUCCCUUUAAGCUGUCUUUAUUUACGUCAACAUUACAAACAAAAAGGGAACACAACAGGUUGAACAUUUUGUAAAUAGUGGGGCAUAAAAAGGGAAGUGGGACCCGCCUUACCAUUCCGCUUUUGCUAAAUCUAUAUUUACUAUUUAUCGGCUUGUAAUUGUGUUCAAUUAAACGAAUACGUUUA